CCCUGGGUCUUCCUAGCCCAAAGACUCUCAAGUCCAUAUGGCUGGAAUCCCCCCUCCUGAGACCUUUAACCCUGCAUCCUCCUCACCAGAAGACCCCCAAAUGCACAGCCACACUUUUGUCUCACCCUAAUAAAACCCAGACCUUAGGAUUCCUCUCCCCUGGAAACCCCAAAUCCACAACUUUGGGGUGCAUUCUCAGUCUCAGAUCCCAAAUCCAAAGCCCAAGUGCUCCCCUAUGCAAAUAUUCCAAACUCCUCAGUUCUACAGUUUAUCUGUUGCCCCUCCUAAAUCCACAGCCCUGGGGCACUCCUUCUGAAGUACCACAGACUUAGUCUGGAGGCUCCCUCUCUGUUCAGCUUACCCAGGGUCCCCCUCCUCCUCCCUUGCUGACUGUGUCCCAAGCUGGGCAGGAUUCAUGGUGGGGGGUGUAGUGGCAAGGUGAAAUGAGGUGAUUAUGUAAUCAGCCAAAGUCCACCCCUCUUUUUCGGGCAGUAUAAAGACAAACCACCUCAGCCGUCACCAUCUGUAAUCCCACUGCCACCAUGCUGGCCUCGGGGCUGCUUCUGGUGGCCUUGCUGGCCUGCCUGACUGUGAUGGUCUUGAUGUCUGUCUGGCAGCAGAGGAAGAGCAGAGGGAAGCUGCCUCCGGGACCCACCCCAUUGCCCUUCAUUGGAAACUACCUGCAGCUGAACACAGAGCAGAUGUACAACUCCCUCAUGAAGAUCAGUGAGCGCUAUGGCCCCGUGUUCACCAUUCACCUGGGGCCCCGGCGGGUCGUGGUGCUGUGGGGACAUGAUGCCGUCAGGGAGGCUCUGGUGGACCAGGCUGAGGAGUUCAGCGGGCGAGGCGAGCAGGCCACCUUCAACUGGGUCUUCAAAGGCUAUGGCGUGGCGUUCAGCAACGGGGAGCGCGCCAAGCAGCUUCGGCGCUUCUCCAUCGCCACCUUGCGGGACUUCGGGGUGGGCAAGCGCGGCAUCGAGGAGCGCAUCCAGGAGGAGGCGGGCUUCCUCAUCGAGGCCCUCCGGGACACGUGCGGCGCCAAUAUUGAUCCCACCUUCUUCCUGAGCCGCACCGUCUCUAAUGUCAUCAGCUCCAUUGUCUUUGGGGACCGCUUUGACUAUGAGGACAAAGAGUUCCUGUCACUGCUGCGCAUGAUGCUGGGAAGCUUCCAGUUCGCCUCAACCUCCACGGGGCAGCUCUAUGAGAUGUUCUCCUCGCUGAUGAAACACCUGCCAGGACCACAGCAACAGGCCUUUAAGGAGCUGCAAGGGCUGAAGGACUUCAUAGCCAAGAAGGUGGAGCACAACAGGCGCACACUGGAUCCCAAUUCCCCACGGGACUUCAUCGACUCCUUUCUCAUCCGCAUGCAGGAGGAGGAGAAGAACCCCAACACAGAGUUCUACAUGAAGAACCUGAUGAUGACUGCGCUGAGCCUCUUCAUUGCGGGCACCGAGACCAUCAGCACCACCCUGCGCUACGGCUUCCUGCUGCUCAUGAAGCACCCAGAGGUGGAGGCCAAGGUCCAUGAAGAGAUUGACAGAGUGAUCGGCAAGAACCAGCAGCCCAAGUUUGAGGACCGGGUCAGGAUGCCCUACAUGGAGGCAGUGAUCCAUGAGAUCCAAAGAUUUGGAGACGUGAUCCCCAUGAGUUUGGCCCGCAGGGUCAUAAAGGACACCAAGUUUCGGGAUUUUUUCCUCCCUAAGGGCACUGAAGUGUUUCCUAUGCUGGGCUCUGUGCUGAAAGACCCCAGGUUCUUCUCCAACCCCCAGGACUUCAAUCCCCAGCACUUCCUGGAUGAGAAGGGGCAGUUUAAGAAGAGUGAUGCUUUUUUGCCCUUUUCCAUCGGAAAGCGGAACUGUUUCGGAGAAGGCCUGGCCAGAAUGGAGCUCUUUCUCUUCUUCACCACCAUCAUGCAGAACUUCCGCUUCAAGUCCCCCCAGUCGCCCAAGGACAUCGACGUGUCCCCCAAACACGUGGGCUUUGCCACGAUCCCGCGAACCUACACCAUGAGCUUCCUGCCCCGCUGAGUGAGGGCUGCGCUGGUGCAGGUCUGGUGGGCGGGGCCACGGAAAGGGCGGGGGCCAGGGGCGGGGCUCGUGGGAGGGGCGGGGCUAAGAAUGGGGACCGGAUAGGGGAAAGGAAGCUGCGAGGUGGUUAGAGGGAAGAGAAGAAACAGAAGGGGCUUAGUUGACCUUGAUGAGGGGCUUCCGAGCUGGGAGGAGAGGACGGGAAACCUUAGAUUAUGCUAUGAAGAGUAGUAAUAAUAGCAGCUCUUAUUUCCCGAACAA